AUGUUCGGAUACUUGCUUCUUCCCGUUUUAUUCCUUGCGACUGCUCACGGAAAAGAUGUAGUUGUUGAUCUACGAAACUGCACUCAUUCGGAAGCGAUCAAGGCAGUUACUUGCCUUAAUCAGCUCGACAACUUCGCAGCCCAGAAGAAUCAACUCGACUUUGAAGACUCCCAAGAAGUCAAGGAAUUCAAAAAAUCGUGUGAUUCUCUACAAUCCUGUUUCGCCGCCGCCACCUGAAAAUCAUUCGCCGACGAGCAUAAAAGCGUGGUUCAAGACGUGAAAAAGAUCUGCAAUGUGAUUGAAUACAUGACCGGAGACUUCCAGCCGUGUGCCAAGAAGUUGGAAGCGGCAAAGUCUGCGUGCUUUGCAAAGUGGGAUCCGAAUGCAGUUGAGGCUACUAUUAAGGAAAAUGAGACACCGGCUUGCGAGAAGUUUUACGGAGAAAAUGAUUGUAUUAAGAAGGAGAUUGCGGAGAAGUGCAGUGAGAAGGAAUGGGAUGGAUUCCGUGAUGUAAGACUUUGA